CCAUUACAAAUAUCAAUGUUUUGUGUUAGAUACCCUUCUUUCCUUAACGUCCCUGAAGAUUUCUCAUCUUUUUCUCUCAUCAAUCUUCACUAGGCUUUUUCAGUUUUCUCCUCUAAUUACUUUCUUACUCUUCUUCUCUCUCAUCCAAUACAUGUUUUUCUAGUUCAAAGCUUCAACUUUCAAGCACUACCAGUUUCUAACACAACUAUCCACUUUCACCUGUUCAACAUCUUUGCAUGAUCGGAUUCCUAAGCACCCACCACUCCAUUUAUUCCUCAUUUCUCCUUCUCUCUGUGUGUGUUUUGUGUUGUUGGCAUGAAAUCUGUAAUGGGUAUUGUCCAUAUGAAUUUUGUUUCGUUUGUUUGAUUUUGGUCUGCUGACGUUGGUAGGACCCUCUGAGCUUCCAAUCCCUUGGGUUUUAAAAAGAGUUUCGAUGGGACCAGUGAGAGGGUUCAAGAAGAGGAGGAGGGUUGAGAAGAAGUUCGAGCGAAACGCCUCUGCUGCUUCUGCGUCUUCGGAACAAGAGGAGCGUGCCGAUUGGUGGGAUGAAUUCUCCAGGAGGAUUACUGGGCCCUUGUCUCAAUCAAAGGGUUUGGUUGAAUUUGAGACUGUCUUUAAGAUCUCAAGAAAGACCUUUAACUACAUCUGCUCACUUGUCAAGGAAGAUUUGACAUCUAAGCCAUCAAACUUCACUUGUACAAAUGGAAAGCCCCUCUCUAUAAAUGACCAGGUUGCUGUUGCUCUACGAAGGUUAAGCUCUGGCGAGUCACUGUUGACAAUUGGUGAGUCAUUUGGAAUGAAUCACUCAACCGUUUCUCAAGUGACCUGGCGGUUUGUGGAGGCCAUGGAAGAGAGAGGGCUUCACCACCUACAAUGGCCUGCCACAGAAGAGGAGAUGGCACAGAUAAAAUCCAAGUUUGAGAGGAUCAGGGGCCUUCCAAACUGUUGUGGUGCAAUUGAUACUACUCACAUCAUGAUGUGUUUGCCUACGGUAGACUGCACAAAUGAUGUGUGGUUUGAUCGUGAGAAGAAUCACAGCAUGGUCUUGCAGGCAAUUGUUGAUCCUGAAAUGAGGUUCAGGGACAUUGUGACUGGAUGGCCAGGAAGCAUGAGUGACUCCCUUGUGCUACGCAGCUCAGGCUUCUUCAAGCUUUGUGAAAAAGGGCAGAGGCUAAAUGGGAAGCAGAUAGAGCUGUCCAAAGGUUCAGAAGUAAGGGAAUACAUAAUUGGAGAUGCAGGGUUCCCCCUUCUACCCUGGCUUCUUGUACCCUAUCAGGGAAAAGAGCUUUUCGAGACCAGGGCUGAGUUCAACAAACGACACUUUGCAACGAGGAUGGUGGCACAGAGGGCCUUGGCAAGGUUGAAGGAGAUGUGGAGGAUCAUUCAAGGAGUGAUGUGGAGACCAGACAAGAAUAAAUUACCGAGGAUUAUUCUUGUUUGCUGCUUGCUACACAACAUUGUGAUUGAUCUAGAGGAUGAGGUACAGGACGAGAUGCCCCUGUCUCAUCACCAUGACUCUGGUUAUCGGCAGCAGAUUUGUGAACCAGUUGACAAGAAUGCUUCAAUCCUGAGGGACAAGCUGUCUCUCUACUUGUCUGGAAGACUACCACCUUGAAACAGAAGACAUCUCAGAUGCUUGCCCAGAAAUGAUGUUCAGAUGAUCAGUGAACUCAUUGAUCAUGGUUAAAUUGCCUAGUUAAAAUUUUUUGGUUUAGUUGUUUUUAUAGGAGUAUUUGUGACAAAAGUCUUUCACUGGCAGCUAUUGAAGGUCAUAUUUCCUUUCCCAAUUCCCGUGUACAGAAUCAAGAUGAGGACAGUUGAGUGUGUGGAUCAUUCAGCGGGUCAGAUGGCAAUGUGAGAACGAAAUCUUUCUCCAGAUACACAUACUAAACUACUACAUGGAAUAUCAAGUUUUUUUCAGCUUCUCCAGCAUCAUACAGCUCACCUUAUGGUUUCUUUUCAUUGGGAUAUUUAUUCUUUAUUGCCUUCAUUGUCAUCUCUCUUUGUGCGGUGGUAUUUAACCAAAUGUGUGCUGGAAGAAGUGCUCUGGUCCUCGUGUAAACUCUGCUGCGAAACAUUGUAGGUAAUCUCAAACUUGGACAUGGCUGAACAUAUUUUCAGUUUACUGGCUAGAAUGUAGAAUUUUCAUUGUUAUGUUUGGAUAGUUUUUUGCAAUUGUUUUUGGGAAGCUGUAUCCUUGACUAUGAUGAAAUUUGAAAUGGAAGCUGUAUCCUCGACGGCCUUUCUAGCGAGGCUUUCUUGGACUGCCUUGUGAUUUAAGCCAGGAUGGGGGCUGAUGUGGU